AUGGCCGCGAAAAAUUUGAAGAACCGCAAAGGCACCAAGUCCAAAGGAGGAAAUAAUACCCUCCGAAUCCUUCUGUUGGCUGGCACCUUUGUUGUGUUUUGUGUGCUCUUUACGCUUCUAGGAGGGAUUCGUGAUGCCGUCAACAAGCAAGCACAACAACAAGGGAUAAGGCAAGCACAACAACGUGCUCCUGUUCACGGAGAGAGACUUCCCUAUUCCCGCCUUCAACAACAACGUAUGGAACCACCGAAUACUCAACAAAUCCCCAAAGCUCAAAUGCCACCACCCGGACAGGUGGGAGGGCCAUACCCGUAUCCGCUAGAUCCACCACCUGCUGGUUAUGAUAUUCACAGAGACUAUGAGCCCAAGGGUGGAUCUCGGUUUGGCGAAUACACCCAGGGAGAUGCACCCUAUGUAAUUACAGAGGAAAUUCGACAAAAAUCAGAUGAUCUAGCCAGAGUUCGUCGGGAAUACGUCAAGAAUAUGAUGAAAACAGCCUGGCAGGGAUAUGUUGAUCAUGCCUUUGGAAUGGACGAAAUCAAACCUGCUUCUGGGACAGGUGAUAAUGGUUGGGGUGGGUUUGGAGUGACUCUGGUUGACACACUCGAUACUCUCUGGUUGACGGGUAUGAAGGACGAAUUUUGGCAGGCCCGCGACUGGGUGAGAGAUCAUUUGAUGCAUGGCAAGCCACAUCAAGUUUCUGUAUUUGAAACUACAAUCCGUUCCUUGGGUGGACUGCUCAGCGCCUAUGAUUGGUCUGGCGACAAAGUGUUUUUGAAUUCUGCCCUUGAUUUGGGCAAGAGGUUGUCUAGGGCAUUUGAUGGAAGCACCACUGGGAUUCCCUUUGGACAGGUCAACUUGCAGAGUGGCCACCAUGCCAACAUUGCAUGGGCUGGAGGGAGUGCGAUUCUGUCAGAAUUUGGUUCCAUGCAACUGGAGUAUCGCAUGCUCGAUCAGUGUCUGAAAACGGAUGAAACUGGCACAAUGAGGUACAAAACCGAACAUAUCUUUGAGCUGAUGCAUCAGAUAUCCCCUCCCAAUGGAUUGUUCCCGUAUUUUGUCUCCAACAAUGAUCCUAGUGGAAGGCCUUCCUUUCGGAAUGAUCACUUGACAUUUGGUGCCAUGGCAGAUUCGUUUUAUGAGUACAUGCUCAAGGUGUGGAUUCAGGGUGGCAAGGUGGAACCAAUGUACAGAGACAUGUAUGAUAAGGCCAUGCAGGGAAUGCACGAUGAAUUGGUCAAGCGAUCCGAUCCAUCAGGUCUCCUGUUCCUUGCAGACAAGAUGAACGGCAACCGGUAUGAUGACAAAAUGGAUCACCUUGUUUGUUUCAUGGGUGGUCUCCUGGCACUAGGAGCAUACACAGAUCCCCUUGGGCUGGAUUCUCGGCGGGCACAGCGAGAUCUGAAGACCGGUAGGGCAUUAACAUACACCUGCUACCAAAUGUAUGCUCGAAUGGAAACAGGAAUUUCAGCUGAGUUUGUUCAGUUCUAUCCUGGACAGGAUUUCAAAAUAGGCAGUGGUGCCCCCCAUUACUUGCUUCGUCCAGAAACCGUUGAGUCUUUCUUUAUCUUGAGUCAACUCACUGGUGAUCCUGUUUAUCGAGAGUGGGGGUGGGAAGUAUUUCAGUCUAUUGAAAAGUACUGUAGAACUGGUGUGGGAUAUGGCACUUUGAGCACUGUGCGGAGCAAAACAGAUAAACCCCGGGACAAGAUGGAGACUUUCUUUUUGGCAGAAACAGUGAAGUACAUGUACCUGCUACAAGAUCCAGACACUGAAGUAGAUGUGCUGCACAAGCAUGUUUUCAAUACUGAAGCACACCCCAUGAGAGUAUUCAAUGUUAUGGAUCCUGCAGCGUUCCACUAG